CUUUUGACCGUAGCCCUGAAAGAUUGCGACGGCCUUGAAAGAUGGUUGCGGGAUGGUCGCACUCGUCCAAGCGAUGAAUUGUACGUAUUACAUCAGACGAAUACUCGAAGCCGAAUUCAGAUGACCGUAGAGAUGUUCUGCCUCCUAUGCCAUGCGUUGCAGAUACUGCCGUCUUUCAUCGACAUUGCCACGGCAUUCGGAUUCAAAAUCUCCAACACGGACGAAUACUUCACAACCUGUUACCAGCGGCUCUUCCGCGAUAAUGACGAUUCGUCAAAUUUGACGAAGUUUACCAGAUACGAUAUUUGCUUUAACAUUCGCUACUUGGAAGAGCAUGGCCGGAGUGGCUUGAGCGACCCCUGGUCCUUUCGCCAGAUGGCGGUGUACCAGCGUCACGACUUUCCGCAGGGGCGUUCCUCCUGCAUUCUCAUUCAGCCCCCAUCAACAGCACGAGAGACCAUAGAAAGACUGCUCCAAGCGUCAAAGGAGCAACAAAAUCGUUCCCCGCUAUUAAUACAUCUGCAACUACUCAAGAUUUGCGCGCGGAAGUGGAGAUGGUACCUCAACUAUCUUAGCGAUGGACUAAGGGAUAUGAAAGACGAAAUAACUUGGGCACGAAUUACAAAGCCACAGAGCAAUGCCGGCUUCGACCAAAGCCAAAAUCUUGAGGUACUCCGAUGGAAACUAAGACAGGCUCGAGCUAUUCUCGAGUCAAACAUCAGCGUUGGGAGUUCAAUUCUUCGCCAUGCGAAGGAUAUUACACCGUCCCUAACACGGCACCGGCCCAUGGCUAUCCAUAACCACAUGCAGCUGAAGUCGGAACUUGUUCACUAUAUCUCGGAUUUACGGAUGCAUCGGAGGAAAGCUUCGGAUCUGCUCGAUUCUACCGGAAGCCUUGACUUGCUCAUACUCAAGCUCCUAGAUCUCCGCAAUUACAAUGUAUCAAACAAGAAUGCCGCUGCUUUGAAGAACCUUGCCGAAGCAAGUUCCAUUGAAAGUCGCCUGAUGGUUCAGAUUGCAAGGCAUACAAGUCAUGACUCAAGGGCCAUGAAAUUCACUAGCUUCAUUGCGGUGAUAUUCUUACCGGCAACCCUGAUAUCGGCUGAUCUUGCUGUAUGCGACUCUUACGACCAUUUUGACGGCCAUUACCAUGGCUGGAGUAUACCUUUGGAACAGGAGGACGCAACAAUUGCACGCAUGCCGGCCAUCCCCAUGAGUUCUAAAUUGUCAAGCGAAUGGCUCCAUCCCCCUGAAUGA